AUGGAUCCGACUCCGACCUCGACGUGGAGUUCCAUGGUGAAAAAAGUUCCUCCUUCAAAGCCUCCGGCCACCGUCGGAGCUCCGACGACGAUUCUCGGGAUGGUCGGAAACUGUAAAUCCACAAAGGGAAUAUCUAUGGCGGUUAUUGACGCAAACGCCGUCAUUGAAGGAGGCCAGUGCUUAACCAACUUCGCUGACAAAUUCGUAACCGUACCUGAAGUAAUCUCCGAGAUUCGUGACCCUGCUUCUCGCCGCCUUCUCGCUCUCAGUCCCUUCACGAUCGAUACCAUGGAACCUUCUCCUGAAUCUCUCAGUAAAGUUAUUGAAUUUGCAAGAGCUACUGGUGAUUUACAAACUCUCUCUGAUGUUGAUCUCAAACUGAUUGCUUUGACAUAUACUCUCGAGGCUCAGGUUCAUGGGUCCAAAAAUCUCAGAGAUGUUCCUCUACCGAUUCAGACUGUGAGGGUAAAGAGAUUACCUGAGAAGGAAUUGCCUCGUUGGAGCUCAAAUGUGGCUAACUUGGAGGAGUGGGAAGCAUUAGAAAACGAGACGGAUGAAAAAUCUAAUUCUAACUCCAAAAGCUUUCCGCUUAAAGACCGUAACAUGAAUAUCAUCCCUUCAGAUAAUAGUUCUGUGGUUGGUUCUGUUGUCUCUCUCAGUGAGCUUCAAGAAGAAGGUGAGAGGAGGCAUAGGCGAUAUCCGCGUAAGAAAACAGAGGUGAAGCUUGAAGGUAAGAUGGUAGUGGAAGGAAUAGAUGCAUCGCAGGGUGAAUAUGACGAUGAAGAUACUGGUGAUUGGAGACCUGCGGUUAGUAGAAGUACUCACAGUAGGUUUCUUAGAAGAAAGGCAAGGUGGGAACAAUCUGUUGCCUUGGCUGAACAAGAAAUAAGAAGCUGUCAAAGCUGGAAACUUGAUUGA